AUUUCAAGACUAUGUCUAGUAAAGCUAAUAAUAUUAAAUUUAUAUCGAAGUAGAAUUGAUUAUUACCACAAAUCAAGUUUAAAAUUUACAAAUUUUAAUUAAGAAUGAAAUGAAAUCCAAAGAUUAAAUACAAGAGAAAGACUACUCAAAAACAAAAGUCAACCAAUUUGGAGAUGAUGGGGGGAUUUAUACAUUCAUACAGGAGGAGCCUCGCGUUGUCUCUUCCGUUUGUGUCAGUGGGUGGGGAAUCGGAGACGACGGCGAGCGAGAUCAGUGAUUCGAAGGAGGGGGGGAGAAAUCUCAUAAAAAAUAAAAAAUGAUUGAGGUGGUUCUGAACGAUCGACUAGGGAAGAAGGUGAAGGUGAAAUGCAACGAAGACGACACGAUCGGAGACCUGAAGAAGCUCGUGGCGGCGCAGACCGGAACCAGGGCCGAAAAGAUCCGAAUCCAGAAGUGGUACAACAUCUACAAGGAUCACAUCACCCUCAAGGACUACGAAAUCCACGACGGCGACGGCCUCGAGCUCUACUACAACUAAUCCCUCUCCAGAUCUCUCUCUCUCUCUUUCAGGUGAGUUUCCAUCGCUUCUUAGGAAAAAACAAAAAAGGUCCAAAAGGGCGUCGGAAAAAGAAAGGGCGUCAGCAUUA